UAUUUGGGAUAGGUCAUGAUAAGAUGAAACUUGUCGAAACACAUUGCAAGAAAAGGAUAGCAAUAUAAUGAUGAGUUGUAAUACGCCAUCUAUUGAUCAAACCAAUGAAGCUGUGGAGCUUUCAUUUUUUUCUAUGGAUAUUCAAUUUUCCAGUCGUUUAAGCAUAAUCUGUGGCGCUUGGGUAGUUGAUUUACUUUUCAUCCCAGUAUCGCAUAGAUACUGGAUUACGCAUUCAAAUAUCUUCAAAGUCGCUGGCUACCCGGAUAGCCCGGUUGCGUGGAUUGUGAUAUUUUUUCAGCUGCCAAAGACACGACUAAGUAUGCUACCAUAGUAUACACACUAUGCAGACCAAAUCAUGUAUUCACCGAUUUGCCUUGAAAUGUUUUAAUAGCAAGCUGAUGUUUUAAGAGUGUUCUUUCGAAUUCAAGAAGUACUGACAUUCUUCCUAGAUUAAUACGAAAAAUGCCCAUUGUGAAAAAGAAAACCAUACUGAAUGACUUACAUAUUGCAUUCGAAACCAACCUAAGGAGGAAAUCUAGCAAAACGAUUCCUAUUCAACUUGUUGGUGAUGAAAACAGUAAUAAGUAUGUACUUUUCGUUGGUGGCUUUUCAUACUAAUUUGUUAUCGUAUCUCAUUUCUAGAAGACAACAAUUCCCUUCAUGAUCCGCUAGAAACUAUAGAUGAAAAAAAUCAACAAACGGAAGCUGCUGCUAUUGAAUCUGUAGCGUCGGUAAAACCCGUUUCAAAACAAAAUGAAAGUACAGAGAAACAUCAGAACAAAGUUACUGAAUUUCAAUUGCACAUCGCAUCGUACAUCUCCAAAAUCGUGUCCUUGCGUGUAGCUAAACUCGCUGCUAACGACGAGAAGAUUACUCAACUAGGAAUGUCCUUUUUUGACGAUUGCAUUGGUGCUAUAGAUAUUACCAAACUUGUGCAGCUAAUCGAUAAGGCUCGAACAAAUUUAUCAAAUGAACGAAAGCGGCUUUUCGUAGUCAUGAAGCGAUUAAAACGAAAUGAUAUGCAAAACUAUCAGCUCGACAAACAAAUGCAGGAUGUUAGCCUGGAGCAGUACUACGAGCUGAAAGCGGAAGUUAACCGCAUCGGAGAAAAACUCGAGGAGACACACAAACGGAUGAACAAUUCGCGGCAACAGUUUGAAAACGAUGUAGCACGUGCCACUCACGUGCGAGAAAAGUUGUUUAACUCACAAAACCUAAUACUGUCUGUAAUGCAGGACGUUUCUGGAGUAAAAGGUGACUUCUCUAUCUACAAACAAACGCUGUGCGAUAGACUGGAGCUUAAAAAGCAGCUACGCAGGAAAAAUGAAUCCCUGAAACAACGUGUCCAUUUAUUCAAGCUUAUGCCUUGGUACGGACAAACAAAGAAACAGCUAGAGCUCACCAAAUCUUUUGUGAAAAAAUUUGAAUAAUAUACCGCCCGAGUUGAGAAGUCAUAAGCAAUAAAAACUGCAAACUAUUUUAAUAACGCA